AUUAUUCGUCACAGCAAUCGUCCACUCAACCAACCUUCGUCACUCUUUCCACAACCUCCCGCAAGCCGCAAAUUAUCCACGAUUGAGGAAAAAACAGAGCUAGUAACUACAAUCCAAGAAUCAAAAUUGGCAAGUCGACUAUUGCGUCCCACGUCGACUUUGAGCAGAAGCUCAUCGUCUGAUGGGUCAAAAGAAUCGGACAUUAAAGAUUUGGCGGCUUCGGAAGAGGAAAAGAUUGACCAGGAGGACAGUUUUGUGACAAAAAAUCGUCGUGUAUAUAAUCAUAAUAUAGACGCAAUUUCUAGAAUUCUUGAAGAAAAAGAUAUCAAUGUGUUAGCUACAGAACAGAUUGGGGAAGGUGAUGGGAACAGUGAAAACAAAGAUACUUCAAAUAAUCCUACAUGCAGAACUAAUAUCAAUCUAUCCAUACCCACCAUUUUUACUUCUUCAGAACAUUCUUCAGAACAUUCUUCAGCAGAUAUUUCAACUUUGCUUCCAUCCUUAUCAGUUGACUUGGACUCUACUCAUUCAGAUAAAUCAAUAUUAGGUGAUGCGUAUAGUGCUAUUAAAGAUGACUAUUCAGAUGUAUCGGUAUCUUUAUAUCCAUCUCCGGUGCCUAUUUCUAAUGUCACACCAUUAAGGAAUUUCAAAGAUGGAAGAAUUGGUAUAAGGGAAGAAAGAUAUCCAAGUCCGAAAACUUAUUUUACCCAUAGAAAUGGACCAAUGGGAGAUUUAAGUGGUGUCUUGUCUCCUCACAAAAGGUCAAGGUUUAUCCCGCCUCCAAAUCGAAUCGAUCGAUUGCCAGUACCUUCAAUAGACACUUCGCGACCAGAACGCAGCAUGUCAGGACGUAUGGCUAUGGAAGGCUGGCCUACCUCUCCACGUCGUAUGCAAUUGGCAAGUCCGCGCUUCAAUUCACUAACUGAUUUAGAGGAGGGACCAGAAGGAUCGGAACAGCAGCAAGAGUCACCAUCAUUGCGAGCGAAUCCUAUAUCAUCUCAAUAUUCAUCGUCUGCAGCAGGUUCUAAUAACGUUGGUGGUCGUACCUCACCGCCUAUACCUUCGAAAUUAGGGUUAAACGCAAUAACUGAACUAGAAUCUCAAAAUAACAAUGAUAUUUUAUCUUCAGGAAAUUUCUCAACAAAAAGUACACGUCUUGGAGAAUUGCAACAAAGCGACAAUGAGAUGCCAUCAUCACCUUCACUUGCAAGUUCUCAACCAUCUGAAACGAGUCAACCGGUGCUAUCAUCUAGUAAAAGAAACCUUGGCGGUGUAAGUAAGCCAUUUGUCCACGAGAGCAUGGGAUUAGGUAUCGUAGCAGAAGAGAUACAGGAUGAUAAAAAUUCAAAAGGAAGUAGCGAAAAACGGUCAUCUGGAUCUUUUACAUUAAAAUUAGGGGAAAUAGAAGAAGAGUCGGAAGAAACCGAACAACAGCUAGAACAAAAACAACCAGAGUUGAUAAAAAGUACGAGCAAUCGCAAAACACGGACAAUAUUUUCAAAGGAAACACAUACAGAAGAACCUAGAUCAGAGUCCAUAAGAAAAUCAACCAGCGCAAAAAUCACACGCCGUUUAUUUCCUUCAAUUCCCUCUAUACAAUCUAGGCGAACUGCAACUCAUAUGCUAACGGUUAAAACCCCAUUACCAAUGCUGUCAGAGACCGAAGAUGAAGAAGAUGCAGAAUCAUCUACUACAAGCGCUCGACAAGAAUUAAUACGAUCACCUGAUCAAUCGGACACAUCACCAUUUCCAUCCGCACCAGCAACACCAUCAACCUUAUUGGCAUCAACUACCCCUGCAUCUGUUAAAUCGAUGACAUCGUGGCGAUGGCCAAAGAGACCUUUUAGUCCUGCUAGAGAGAAACAUAAAGAAUCACAAAACCAGGAUAAUCCAGCAGAUCAUAUAGGGAAAGUAGGGAAUAUAUGGGCAAAAAAGACAUUAGGACAAUUAAGAAAAUAUCAUCAACGUCAUAGUCCAAGCAUAUUAGGUAGAAAGUUUGGACUGGCUAGCCCUGUAAAAGAAUCACAUAAUUCAUUACAAUCACCCGUGAGCGACAUAUCAGACUCAAAAAAAUCACAAACAGUGCAAGUAUUAGAAGAGACACUAGAAACAAUUAAUGAAGAGGAUGAGGAUGAUGAAAUUGGCAUCUGGUCUAGCGAAGAAGUGGAUCUCACAGAGCCUUGUACGGAUGAAAAGAAAAUUCAGUCACCCACUUCUAUGAAUGUAUUGAAUCAACAGAUCAUUGAAGAGGUCGUUGAAGAGCCACACGGAAUGAGAGUUUCACCAGAAUAUUUAACGGUAGUUGGAGGGCCUUCAGUAAAUGCAGCUAGUCCCAACGCGUCAUCUACUUCGCUUUCACUCCGAAGUAACCCAAGUAGUUCCUCAUUAGCAAAACAUAAUGCCAAACCGUUAUUCGAAACCACGUUUACAAUUUCAAACAAUACAGAUGAACCUCUCCGAUAUGAAAUACUAUGGCCUGCAUUCCGAUUUGAUGUCAGUCCCGCAUAUGGCAUUGUUAAAGCUCAAAGCGUGACCGUUGUUAAAAUUUCGGUUAUGAAUAAGCAUUUCGCUGCAGGUGCACGACGUGAUGAGACCAAAGAUUCAAGGAGGCUAAUGGGAAUCCUUAAAGGAUCAGAAUCCAACGACUAUAAUAAACCUUUGAUGGGCAGAACCAGAAUAUUGGUACUUUGUGAAAAUGGAGAGAGAAAAGAAGUUGUAGUCGAUAUUGUACAAGUAAAGAAGAAAGCGAAGGGUGAAGUUGAAGCAGCACGAUCUUCAAAAAAUGUAAAAAAUUCAGAGGAUGGAAGCUUCAUACGAAGGAGUAUCUCACAGAAAGUAGAUAAUCUUAUUAGGGCCGCUAAAGCAGCAAGAACGAAAAAAACUACUAAGAUCGAAGAUAAAUCACGGUCAGCUGGUAACAAAGGGAAGUCUUCUGUAAGCAUAAGCAAGGCUCCAGGAUCUACUGUCAAAUCUAUAAGUUCAUCUGCUACAAAAAAGAGCAUAUUAAGUGGACACACUAGUCGUUCCAGUAGCCCGGAAAGUAAUAAUAAGUACCCUGGCAUUCGAAAAUAUCCUUCUACAACCUCAAUUCGCAGCCGACCGAAUACUCCUGAUACUUACAGACAAAUCGUGUCACCUUUACCUGGUACUCGUUCACGCACACCUGAUGAGUCCAAAUCUGGAAAGCAAUUUCCACAACGCAAGAAUUUCAUAUACAUCGGUGUUCCUGGCAACAUUAGUUGCCCAACAACCGUGAUUCGCGAAACAAACCAUAGCGUAUUUCGUAUUCAUAAUCCGACCAAUAAACCAGUUACUUGGCAUCUUACUACUGCAACAAAUCCUUUUCUGCGUCGUUCUGAUACAACCAAUUCUGCCCAAAAAAUAAAUGAGGAAGUCUUUUUGAUAAUGAAAACCAGCGGGUUGCUCCGAGCUGGUCAAACUGAAAGAGUUGAUAUAAGUUUUCGCCCCAUUUUCAUUGGCACUUAUUAUCAAAGUUUUAUGUUAGAGGAUUCAAUUAGCUCGGAAGGUUCUGGUGGAUUGGGUGGUGUUAGUGUUCGUAUUCAAGGUGAAGGAAAGGCUGAUGUAUCUAACCCAAUCAAAGCUGAUACAAAAAAAAGUGGAUCGAAGUUGAUGGACUUUGAAGUUUCUGAAUCUGAAAUUCAAAUACCUGCAACGAGAAUUGGGAGACGUAGAUCAGUUGGGAUUAAUAUAAAUAAUCCAUCAAAUCAGCUCGUACGGAUUAAAUGCAAAUGUGAAGUAAUAGGGAAUACCUCAGGCUCUAAUUUGUCGAUACCUUUGUCAAGUGUUCAAAUAAAGCCUCGUGCAUCUGUUACAUUACCAGUACGUUUUCAACCGAAAGAAGUGGGUGAGACUCGGGCUGUUGUCAAGUUACAGGCUGUUGGUAGAGCAGAGGUUUUGGUGGAUGUUAUUGCGAAAGGUGUGCAAGAUACUCCGAUCGCUACUGAGACAUAG